GGCAACACACUUGUUCACUCUUUGUACACAUACUUAUCCUUUACCCUUUCUAUUUUUUUCAUGUCUGUCUCUCUCCCUCUGUCCUGUCUGGGCGUGGGGAUCCGCCCCUGCUUAAUUUUAUCAUUUCGCCCUUUCUGAAUUUCCUGACUUCAAAAGUCAUUCUGACAUUGCUCUCUUGGUCUCAGCAGGGGAGCGGGGAAUAUCUCAAGCCAGCUACACAAAGGGAAAACAGGGCGCCCCGUUACUCACCAGGACAGGUCAGUUUGUAAAUUCCCAACAACGACUCCUGAAGAUUACCAUGGGUAGUUUCGCUUUUGAAUGCACCCUGAAUGAGGAUAUAAGGAAAACACGAGAUUGUCAGAAACAGGAGGUUGAACAUGGGUGAAGUCUUAAUAUGAAUCCGUCAUUGUUGCUGUGCUGUGUGCUGCUCUGUUUAGCCUGCUGUGUUAUGGUACACACACACAUGAUUAUAGAGGAACAAAACAGCUCCAACCGAACAACAAUCAGCUUACAAGCAAAUAACCAAACAGAUGCACCUUCUGUGCUCAUAGUCGGGCUUGCAAAAACACCUAAGAAGAACAAGAAAGCGGAAAAGAAACCAAAAAAGAAAUUCAACCACCAUGUUAAGAGACCUCCGCCGCCGCCGAACUGCGUCCCGCUCUGGAGCAGCUGCAAGACGCCGAGCGCGGUGUGCUGCGAGCAGUGCGCCUUCUGUCACUGCCGCCUGUUCAAGACCGUCUGCUACUGCCGCAUGGGCUACCCCAACUGCUGAACACCCCAUGGAGGAUGCUGGGACUGUCCCGAGUCGAACGGCUUGUUUGUAAAACCCUGUGGGAUUAUGAGUGAGCCCCAUCAUAUAAUCGGAGACUUCCUGGCCAGACAGUGAGACAGAAGCGCUCGGGACCUUGGUGAUAACCAGAGUACUUUAAACCUGUUUUUUAUGAAUUAUAAAUUUAUAAAAAAUGUUUAUACUAAUGGAAAGAAUUUUAAAUUUACGUUGUAAGCACUUUAUGGGGGGAAAUGUUAAAGGAUCCGGUUCUUACCUGUAACCUGUUUGAGCUGCUAAAGACAAGUAGAGGAAUCGGCCAAAAAGAAUCACAAAAACACCAAAAUCGCCAUGACAACCAGUUGCUGACGGUGUUUACAAAUAAAACCGCCAAGACUCUCAACAACAAAUAAAACAAAAAAUAAUAUGUACUUAAACAAAACGACAGAUUCCAAGAUUCUUAUUUAAGAAGAAUACUUUACAGAAAGCAAAAACAUUUUAUUUCUGUAUAAUUUGGUGAAGACUUUGGUUGUAAUGGUAACAAUUGAAAGACGAACUAAAUGAGUAUGUUAUUGGGACGAUUAAAAAAAGUACGUUUCUGUACAUUAAUGUACAGAAAAUUGUACAUGUAAUGUGUAUCAUUAUUAUUGAUUCAAGCAUGAAUGGAUCAAGACCAAUUUCCGAUUUACUCAGUUAAAACGCGGGAGAAACGCUGCAGAAUGGCGCGUUUUUAAUUGUACAAAUAAUCAAAUAACGUUAACAUAAAAUAAUAAAGAAUUAUACGUAUAA